GGAGGCCCCGGUACCCCAGAACAACCAGGCGAGCCAGGUGAACCAGGACAACCAGGCUAUCCAGGCACUCCGGGAAGCCCAGGCAUUCCAGGAGAACCAGGUCACCCAGGACAUCCAGGAUACCCAGGCACUCCGGGAAGCCCAGGCACUCCGGGAAGCCCAGGCACUCCGGGAAGCCCAGGCACUCCGGGUAGCCCAGGCACUCCGGGUAGCCCAGGCACUCCAGGAGAACCAGGUCACCCAGGACACCACGGAGGAAAACCAGGGAAACCAAGACACCACGGAGGAAAACCAGGGAAACCAAGACACCACGGAGUAAUACCAAGCACUCUAGGACAACCAGGAGACUCAGGUGCUCCAGGCCAACCAGGAAGCCCAGAUGCUCUAGGUCAUCCAGGAGGCCCAGGUGCUCCAGGACAUCCAGGAGGCCCAGGUGCUCCAGGGGACACGUGCAGGGACACCCAGGAGGCCCCGGUACUCCAGAACAACCAGGCGAGCCAGGUGAACCAGGACAACCAGGCUAUCCAGGCACUCCGGGAAGCCCAGGCACUCCAGGAGAACCAGGUCACCCAGGACAUCCAGGACACCCAGGCACUCCAGGAAGCCCAGGCACUCCGGGAAGCCCAGGCACUCCGGGUAGCCCAGGCACUCCGGGUAGCCCAGGCACUCCGGGAAGCCCAGGCACUCCAGGAGAACCAGGUCACCCAGGUCAUCCAGGAGGCCCAGGUGCUCCAGGACAUCCAGGAGGCCCAGGUGCUCCAGGACAUCCAGGAGGCCCAGGUGCUCCAGGACACCCAGGAGGCCCCGGUACUCCAGAGCAACCAGACGAGCCAUGUGAACCAGGACAACCAGGCUAUCCAGGCACUCCGGGAAGCCCAGGCACUCCAGGAGAACCAGGUCACCCAGUCAGGACAUCCAGGACACCCAGGCACUCCGGGAAGCCCAGGCACUCCGGGUAGCCCAGGCACUCCGGGUAGCCCAGGCACUCCGGGUAGCCCAGGCACUCCGGGUAGCCCAGGCACUCCGGGAAGCCCAGGCACUCCAGGAGAACCAGGUCACCCAGUUAUAGAAAUACCCAGACAGAAUAACUUAAGAUUCACAGAAUACAAACCUCACUUCAUGGAUCUCAUGAAACUUGACCAAAAGAUGUAA